AUGACUGGGCCGGGUGGCAUUGUUGUCAACUGAUUCCACCCUUUUUAUGAGGCCUUUUUUUCCCUUAUUUGUUUACCAAUUCGGGUGUCAACGAUGUUCGCCCAAACGUUCAAGGACUUCAACCUUCAUUUUAAUGACAGGAAUACGUUUUACAGUGGAGACGCGAUCACAGGACAGAUUUCCUUCGAGCUCCCCAAGGCGACGAAGAUCAGAUCGGUCUCCAUGUGUCUGAAGGGGCAGGCACACGUCCACUGGUCCGCCGGCGGGGGCAAGAAAAGGAAUAAAAGGCACUAUUCUGCAAAGAUCAACUUUUUUAACCUCAAAAGCAUGAUUUUGACGGAAGGGGCUGUUGGGGAAGCUGCUAAACUUCCAGCCGGCAGACAUGUGUAUCCAUUUACAUGUCAUAUUCCACAAGGGGACUUCCCAUCCAGCUUCCGUGGGCCUUGUGGUCAAAUAAGCUACCGCUUGACUGUGAGCAUCGACAGACCAUGGCAUUUGUCAAAGGAUUUUGUGACAGAGUUCAACUUUGUGCAUCACAUCGAUACCAGCCAGCCAGACUUGUUUUCUCCUCUCUCAGGCUCCAACAACAUGAACGUGGGCUUCCUUUGUUGUGCCUCGGGUCUCAUCACAAUGAAAGCCAGCGUGGAGAAGAAAGUCUUUACACUAGGUGAAACGGUCAAGUUAAUUUGCGACUUCAGCAACACUUCGUCUCGGACAGUGACUCCAAAGGUCAAACUUCUGCAGAAGCAGCACUACUAUACUCAGAACAGGGCCCAUAGAAGGCUCGUUGUAAAGAACUUGGUCUCCCAGACCGGGCUGCCCUACGGCGCUAGCACUUCAGUUAUACGCACUGAGAUGAGCGUUACCAUUCCCACGGACACGUCCCUCUCCAUCUCCAACUGCAGCAUCUUAGAGGUGGAGUACGUGAUUGAGCUGAAGCUCGGUGUCAGUGCUUCCCCGAACCUCACCGUGUUGUUUCCCAUCAUCAUCGGUGACAUCCCUUUUCAUACACCUCCUCCAAUUUAUGGAGAUUAACAUUUUGGGACAUGAAGUACUGUUAAACCACUUUUGGGUUGUGACUGGGAGCGCCUUUUACCUCAAGUCUGACGGUCUUUUCCACUUAAGUCGUUUGUUACAAACUAUGCAAAGAUUGUACUGAAGCACUGCCAUUGUGCGUUUUACCGUUUUGAAAAUACUGUUUGGGUCAAUGCUGCUUAUGUCGGGUAGUCCGUGUUCAAGUGUUACUUACAGUGUGUAUUGUGAGAUACAUGUUUGUGCCUAACCAAACAUAACAUGUUAACCUUUUUCCAUUGCAAAUGGAAUAUUUUCUGUUGCCAACUGGAUAUAUAGUUGUAUAGUCUACAUACCUGUAGACUAAAAGCUUUGUUUGUGAUUGAAGGACACGUUGCAUGUUUUAAAUGUUUAGCAUGAAUUGAUUACAACAGUCAGCCUUAUAUUUCUUGAAGAGCCUGUUGCGUUCUUUGUCAUUUAACCAACACUUACACGAACUGUACCGUAGGGAUGUGCCCAUCUGUCGGCCGCCGACCAGUAUCGGAUGAUUUUUGUGACAAUGUAUGCGAUCGUUAUUGCCGAUUAAGGCCUUUUUAAUGCGGACCACAAAUGUCAAUCCCCUCUGGCUGACACUGUUUAUUCUUAGGCCCCCGGCUGAUAAGCGGCUAGCAGCUAAUUGUGUGUCUCCAUACACAGUGUGGAGCUAGUAAUAAUCACCUUUAUUACGGCUAAUACAUUGCUUUUCUAAGAAUCUUAAGUAUCGAUAUCAAGGACAGGGCCAAACAUGUUAGGCAACGAGAGCAAGCCAGUUGGGAGAGUGGCCGUGCCAGCAACCUGAGGGUUCCUGGUUUAAUCCCCACCUUCUACCAUCCUUGUCACGUCCGCUGUGUCCUUGAGCAAGACACUUCACCCUUGCUCCUGAUGGGUCCUGGUUAGGGCCUUUCAUGGCAGCUCCCGUCAUCAGUGUGUGAAUGGGUGAAUGCGGAAAUAGUGUCAAAGCGCUUUGAGUACCUUAAAGGUAGAAAAGCGCGAUACAAGUAUAACCCAUUUAUCAUUUAUUUAUUUAUAAAGCAACGCCAAGAAAUAAGUGUUUAGUAUACUUUAUGAAGUCUAUAUAAAUGUGAAUAGUAGAUGAAUAAGAGUUAGAGAGAGGAUAAUAUAAUAACAACUGCUUGUCACAGUCAGUACACGGCAGAUAAAAAGAGGGCGGAUCGAUCCAUAACUCGGUGGUGUCGAUACCAAUACAUGAUAGAGACUCGAGUGAUUAUGUCGAUCAUGGAUUUUUAUUUUCUCAAACAUUUUUCUUGCUGUUUUUGUUCAUGUUUUUAAACUUGGGGAAUACUUCCCUGGACACAGAAGGGUUUUAAUGGCAAAAACCAAAACGUAUACGAGUAGUAGAUAGUAGUUUUUGUUUUUGUAUUGUUAUUGUGUACUAUUGACUUUGUUUUGCUCAAACAAUUGUACGUGAUAAAAAAAAACUUAAAAUAUUGUGUUGAUAUUAUUAAAGGCCUACUGAAAUGCGAUUUUCUGAUUUAAACGGGGAUAGCAGGUCCAUUCUAUGUGUCAUCCUUGAUCAUUUCGCGAUAUUGCCAUAUUUUUGCUGAAAGGAUUUAGUAGAGAACAUCGACGAUAAAGUUCGCAACUUUUGGUCGCUGAUAAAAAAGCCUUGCCUGUACCGGAAGUAGCCGACGAUAUGCGCGUGACGUCACAGGUUGUGGAGCUCCUCACAUCCGCACAUUGUUUACAAUCAUAGCCACCAGCAGCGAGAGCGAUUCGGACCGAGAAAGCGACGAUUUCCCCAUUAAUUUGAGCAAGGGUGAAAGAUUUGUGGAUGAGGAAAGUGAGAGUGAAGGACUAGAGGGCAGUGGGAGCGAUUCGGAUAGGGAAGAUGCUGUGAGAUGCGGGUGGGACCUGAUAUUCAACUGGGAAUGACUAAAACAGUAAAUAAACACAAGACAUAUAUAUACUCUAUUAGCCACAACACAACCAGGCUUAUAUUUAAUAUGCCACAAAUGAAUCCCGCAUAACAAACACCUCCCCCCUCCCGUCCAUAUAACCCGCCAAUACAACUCAAACACCUGCACAACACACUCAAUCCCACAGCCCAAAGUACCUUUCACCUCCCCAAAGUUCAUACAGCACAUAUAUUUCCCCAAAGUCCCCAAAGUUACGUACGUGACAUGCACAUAGCGGCACGCACGUAUGGGCAAGGGAUCAAAUGUUUGGAAGCCGCAGCUGCAUGCGUACUCACGGUACCGCGUCUGCGCAUGCAACUCAAAGUCCUCCUGGUAAGAGUCUCUGUUGUCCCAGUUCUCCACAGGCCAAUGGUAAAGCUUGACUGUCAUCUUCCAGGAAUGUAAACAAUGAAACACCGGCUGUGUUAACCGGCACAACAGUCAGGAGGUGCAUUCUACGGCGGGGGUGCGUUAUCCGCCACAACACCUGCCGCAAUACACCGCUUCCCACCUACAGCUUUCUUCUUUGCUGUCUCCAUUGUUCAUUGAACAAAUUGCAAAAGAUUCACCAACACAGAUGUCCAGAAUACUGUUGAAUUUUGCAAUGAAAACAGACGACUUAAUAGCUGGCCACCAUGCUGUCCCAAAAUGUCCUCUACAAUCCGUGAUGUCACGCGCAGGCGUCAUCAUACCGAGACGUUUUCAGCAUGAUAUUUUGCGCGAAAUUUAAAAUUGCACUUUAGUAAGCUAACCCGGCCGUAUUGGCAUGUGUUGCAAUGUUAAGAUUUCAUCAUUGAUAUAUAAACUAUCAGACUGCGUGGUCGAUAGUAGUGGGUUUCAGUAGGUCUUUAAACUGUCAAUAACACUCACCAUAAAUAAACUGGAAAAUGUACAUGCGACCGGUAUUGGUAUCUGCCGACAUUGGCAGCAUAAAUCCAUGAUCGGAACAUCCCUACUGUAGCUAGUUCCAGUUAGCUUUACACACACAUAUGACCUGUUACCUAUACAAUGUGUGUUGUUUUUUACGUUACUGUUGCUGCACAUAUUUUUUUAUGCAAACUUGAUGUUUAACUUUUUUUUAUUCAGAGAAGACCUGAAAUGCCUUUGACAGAACCAAGUGGCAGCCUUAAUCUCAAACUGCAUGGUUUCUUGCAACCAAAUUACCAUAACAGGAGUUGUUAAAAAGUAGCAUUGAUGUUGAAUGACGGUUUGCUGUAUAAUAAAAGAAAACAGUUUAUUACCUC